AUGAUUGCGUUAAAAAGGUAGCAAUUUCGAGCUAAGCAACGAUAAAUUGUACUUAAUAAACUGUUUCAACAAAAUAGAAUGUCCUCUCUAUUAGUUUUCAAAUUGGAUAAAUUAGAACAAAUACUUACUCAACAACACUAUGAUUCUCUAGAAUAUUAAGUAAUAUCUAGUCAUUUGACUUAUUUAAGGAAUCAAUCCAAUAAAUUAUAAUGAUGAGUCACAAUGUCAACUUAUCCCAGUUAUAUCAUUUAUUGAUUCAGAAUUUUAUCGAUACGAUCUAAUAUUAAAUGGAUGUGGGCUAUUAUGUUUUAAGUGUUUAAGUAUAUUUCAUGUGUUAUUUUGAUUUUAAUAGUUUUAAUUCAUUAGAUGGAAAUGGCCUAACAGCCUAUGCUGGUGCAAUUAGUUAAAGAGACAGGUAUACAAUAAUUUUUAGCUUUCAAUGAU